AUGACGCACUCACUCUCUCGACCUCAUUCUUUUCCCCGUGUGGCGGCCCUACACCCCAACUCCAUUCACUUCUCCUCUCCUCACCUUCGCCCUUCCUCACCAACAUCUCCACUCUUCUCCCCCACCUUCAACCUCGAUUUCCUUACUACCUCACCACGACCAUUGUCAUCGUGCCCUAAGGCCACCCAUCUCCCUCAUUAUUCAAUCCUUCCCAUCAACGGCCAUCGCACCUCCAAACUAACCACCCUAUGCGCCGUCGUCCCUCAUCUUGACACUUCUCCUUCACUAGCUGCCGCAUCUCCAUCUCCUAAUCACCAAGCCUCUCAUUUCCAGUCCUAUCCCACUCUCAUCACCGCCUCCUUGGACACCAUCGUAGCCAUCCCAACCAAACCUUGA